GAAGUGAACAUCAGAGGCGUCAUGGCGGAAGCGGACGGAGUGAGCGCGCGCUCGGCGCUGCCGUAUCUGCGCGAGGCCGAGCUGAUUAAACAGGGCGCGGAGGCGCGCGUGUACCGCACACGGUUUUUAGGGAGAAGCGCCGUAGUGAAGGAGCGAUUCCCCAAACGGUACCGCCACCACGUGCUAGAUGAGAAGCUCACGCGCCGCCGGACGGCUCAGGAGGUCCGGUCCAUUCUGCGCUGCCGGAAAGCAGGUAUCGCAGCUCCGGUGGUCUACUUCGUUGAUCUCAGCUCCAACUGCAUUUUCCUGGAGGAGAUCACCGACUCGAUCACGGUACGCGAGCACAUAGCAGCUGCUCAGGCUUCUGAAGUAUCCAUCGAGUCUCUGCACCCCCUGGCAGAGAAAAUAGGCCGAGUCCUGGCUAAGAUGCACGACGAGGACGUUAUCCAUGGCGACCUCACCACCUCCAACAUGCUGCUGAAACCGGAGAGCUCCGGAGACCUCGCCCUGCUGCUCAUUGACUUCGGCCUGAGCUUCGUCUCGGCUUUACCCGAAGAUAAAGGUGUCGACCUCUACGUGCUGGAGAAGGCGUUUCUCAGUACACACCCAAACACAGAGACUUUGUUCCAGAAACUUAUCCAAAGUUACAUCACUGCAUCCAAGAAAGCUCCUGCUGUGAUUAAAAAGCUGGAUGAGGUCAGGCUCAGAGGGAGGAAACGCUCCAUGGUGGGAUGAACGGCAGAAAACAUAAUGAGCAAUAAAGUGCAAUGAUGUGGUCAUGUGACUGUUAAUAAAGGUUUUUUUUU